AUGACUUCCACCGUGCCGAAGCCCGGGCCAGCAAACAUGCGCCCGGGAGCGGGCUUGGACGAAUGGCUGGAAGAAGCAAAGCGAUGCCAUUAUCUUCCAGAGGCGGUGAUGAAACAGCUAUGCGAAAUGGUGAAGGAGGUUCUUAUGGAGGAGUCGAACAUCCAACCCGUCGUCACACCAGUUGUGAUUUGUGGAGACAUACAUGGGCAGUUCUACGACUUGCUCGAGCUUUUCCGUGUGGCCGGAGGAAUGCCAGGCGAGACAAGCGUUCAAGCUCCCCAGACCGCAACAACAGUCAUCACAUCAGAAGAUCUCGAGCCACCAACAGAGAUCACGGAUCCAAAGCUGAGAAAAAGGAUCCGGAGCUCCAGCGCUGGCGGCGCAACCGAGGAGGGUGGCGGUGACAGCGCAGAUCAAUCGGCCCAGCCAGCCGAUGACACUUUGGAAAAGUCUACCGCUUCGCCUUCCCCGGCUGCUGACACCCGCUUUGUUUUCCUGGGCGAUUUCGUUGACCGUGGAUACUUCAGUCUUGAGACUUUCACACUGCUCAUGUGCUUAAAAGCAAAGUAUCCUGAUCGUAUCGUUCUUGUUCGUGGAAACCACGAAUCUCGACAAAUCACUCAGGUAUACGGAUUCUAUGAAGAAUGUCAACAGAAAUACGGCAAUGCCUCGGUGUGGAAGGCUUGUUGUCAAGUCUUUGAUUUCUUAGUUCUCGCUGCCAUUGUAGACGGCUCAGUCCUCUGCGUUCACGGCGGUUUGUCUCCAGAGAUCCGCACUAUCGAUCAAAUCCGAGUCGUAGCAAGAGCACAGGAGAUUCCUCACGAGGGUGCCUUUUGUGAUCUGGUCUGGAGCGACCCGGAAGACAUCGACACUUGGGCUGUUAGUCCGCGUGGUGCUGGCUGGCUGUUUGGUGACAAGGUUGCUACCGAGUUCAACCAUGUCAACAGGUUGCAGACUAUUGCGAGAGCUCACCAGCUUGUGAACGAGGGUUACAAGUAUCACUUUGCCCAGAAAUCUGUCGUCACUGUCUGGUCUGCGCCGAAUUAUUGUUACAGGUGCGGCAACGUUGCCUCCAUCAUGGCAGUCGACCGCGACCUGAACACCAAAUUCAGCAUAUUCUCCGCAGUGCCUGAUGAACAGCGCCAUGUCCCUGCUGGGCGCGGGUCCGGCUUCAUAGCAGCGCACACGCUUGACCAGCUCCUCGAGAAGGGCUACAAGGUCAUCACAACCGUGCGGAGCGAAGAGAAGGCCAAGAUAAUCCGUGAUGCGCACCCCAAUGUUGGCAAGGAUGCGCUGGAUAUUGCCAUUGUUCCCGACAUCGCCAAGCCGGAUGCGUUUGACGAGGUGGUCAAGACGCCAGGCGUCGAGCUCGUUCUCCACACUGCGUCCCCCUUUCACUUCAACAUAGGCGACCCCAAGGAUCUCAUCGAUCCCGCCGUAAUUGGGACCACGGGUAUUCUCAAGGCGAUAGCUCGCUCCGCCCCUAGUGUCAAGCGAGUAGUGAUUACCUCAUCGUUCGCCGCCAUCCUCGACCCGGAGCGCGGGACGGACCCAAACACACUGUUCAACGAAUCUUCAUGGAACCCCAUCACCCUGGAGAAGGCGGUUUCGAACCCGAACGACAAACCCAAUGCGUACAGAGCAUCGAAGAAGCUCGCAGAGGAAGCGGCGUGGGCCUUCGUCCGCGACCCAGCCUCGGGUGUCAAGUUCGACCUUGUCACCAUCAACCCACCCAUGGUUUUCGGGCCCGUAGUUCCCUAUUUUGCCAACCUUGAAUCCGUCAACACUUCGAACGAGCGGAUUGUGAAUCUGCUGCGGGGAAAGUGGAGGGAAGAUAACGCCAUCCCGGACACGGGCCUGGCGUUCAUCUGGAUUGACGUGCGUGACGUCGCAGAAGCCCACAUCCGUGCUAUGGAGGUCCCUGAAGCAGGCGGCAAGCGCCUCUUCACGACGGCCGGGACAUUCAGCAAUCGCGAAAUAUACGAGGUGACCAAGAAGCACUUUGGAGACAAGUAUGCCGACAAACUGCCGCCUAAUGAUGUCAAGGGUGGUGAGAUCCUGCCGGAAGACAAGCGUUACCGCUUCGACAACUCCGAGACGAACAAGAUCUUGGGCAUCACGUGGCGGACUUUGGAAGAGAGUAUCGUUGAUGCCAUCAAAUGUUUCCAGACUGCUGGAGUUUAG